AAUACCAAGUUUUGAAGAAAACAUAACUAAUUUGAAGCUGCAGAAAAAUUUCAAGGCAAACCCGGGCCAAAGCCCAAAGUUCAAAAGUAUCAAAAUUUGCUGGUGCUAGCACAAAUUAGAAAGGCAACUCCAAUCGACGCACUACUUUUGUCCACACACGUGCGCAAAGAGAUGAGCCAGCUCCGGUCCGUCCUUGAAGUAGGGAGACGAAAGAAGAGAGCGCUGAAUUGCAGUGUAGGGGCAGCGGAGAAUGACAAUGAGAGAGUUGGGUUGCUUACUGAAGCGCUGCUCCAACCUGAAACAUGUUGAGCAGGCACAUGGAUUCAUGGUACGGACAGCCCUUGAUCACGACGAGAUUCUCCUCAGCCAAUUUAUCGAGGCAUGCUCUUCUCUGGGCUUCUCCGGCUACGCGUACUCUGUGUUUGCCUUCAAUUCACAGCCUCGCAUAUAUGUGUUCAACACCAUGAUCAAAGCACUGACACUCUCUCACUCUGCCUUUGAGGCUCUCCACGUUUACAAAAGCAUUGCCCGGGCCAAGUUGCGACCCGACAGUUACUCCUUCCCGUUUGCGUUGAAGGCGGUUGUCGACCUGCAGGCCCUUCGUUUUGGAACUCAGAUUCACUCUCAAACCGUAUGCGCUGGACUCAACGCCAAUAUCUACGUGGCUACGGCUCUCAUUCAAAUGUAUUCCUCGUGUGCCUGCGUUUCGGAUGCUCGCAAGCUGUUCGACCAACUCACCUCCGUCUCUACAUCUAUACAAGACGUUGCCCUUUGGAGUGCCACGAUUGCUGGGUAUGCCAAGGUUGGCAACCCGGAUGCUGCCUGGGAUUUGUUUGAGCGCAUGCCUCAAACCCAAACAAAUGCAGAAGCAGUAAUGGUUUGUUGGACAACUGUGAUUGCGGGCUAUGCUCAAAUGGACCGCCCCAACGAGGCCAUCGCUGUGUUUCGCAGAAUGCAGUUGGAGAAUGUGAAGCCUGACGAGAUUGCUAUGUUGGCUGUGCUUACUGCUUGUGCCCAUUUAGGUGCCAUUCAGUUCCUAUUGGGGGAGUGCAUUCACGGCUACAUUCAUAAGCAUGGAUUCAAUCAAAUGAUUCCCCUCAAAAAUGCACUUAUUGAAAUGUAUGCCAAGUCAGGCGAUAUUUGCAAGGCGUUGCAAGUAUUUGAGAACUUGAACCAUAAGACUGUAAUAACUUGGACAACCAUCAUAUCUGCGCUGGCAUUUCACGGGCUUGGAACAUUAGCUCUCCAAAUGUUCUCUCGGAUGGAAAGGGCUCAAGUCCAACCCAAUGAUAUCACUUUCAUUGCCGUCCUCUCUGCUUGUACUCAUGUUGGAUUGGUUGAUUUGGGUGGCUGCUUUUUCAAUACUAUGAGUUCCAGGUAUGGGAUUCAACCCAAGAUUCAGCACUAUGGUUGCAUGAUCGAUUUACUUGGGCGAGCAGGUUACCUAAGAGAAGCGCUGGAACUAGUUAGUCGGAUGCCCUUUAAGCCAAAUGCAGCUAUAUGGGGGUCACUUCUUGCUGCCUCUAAUAUUCAUGCUAAUGCUGAGCUGGGAGAGUUAGCUUUGCUGCAUUUGGUAGAGUUGGAGCCUUGGAAUAGUGGAAACUAUGCACUUUUAUCCAAUAUAUAUGCUUCAGGUGGCAGGUGGGAUAAGUCUGUAAUAACAAGGAAGAUGAUGAGGGACCAAGGUGUUCCAAAGAUGCCGGGUAGGAGUUUCAUUCAGGUGAGUAAUAGAGCUCACGAAUUCAUUGCAGGAGACGUAUCACACCCUCAGUAUGAUAGGAUACAUGGAAUCCUAUUCAACUUGAACGAGCAGUUGAAAAUUGUUCAUCAUUUGCUUAGCGAAUUUGAUGAGCUUCUUGAUUUUGAUGGCUGAUGGGAUAAAUAAUUACUACUUAAUCAUGACUCUGGUGUUGGACCAGCUUUAAUGGAACGAGCAGCAUUUCCACAUAAGUGAUUGCAGUUCCCUUUAAUGUGAUCCGUCUUCUCAAUUCAGAACAGUAACAGGUCAGCUAAAAAGAAGUCCAUGCCUUGUUCUCUGCAUGGUUGUACUUGAAGUAUAGACACAUCAUGCCUGUCAAUGGACAUUGGUUGCAUUGAAAUCUAUGUGCCAGCUCAUCAAUAGCAGAUUUUCGUCUGCUGCAAAUAGUUGAUCUCAUAAAUCUAGGCAGUUGUGAUGGGAGAGCUGUUAUGACAUUUCCAAUCCUGUUCUUCGUAAAGUCAAGGUCAGGAGGAGGCUCUUCGGUAGAUAAUUGAGAAAGCUGCACUUGCUCUUCCAAAGAUAGACCCGUCCUUAUUUUUCAUAACAGCUUCCUUGUGGCUUCUUACCUCCUGAUAUUUUAUGGUUCAUCCAAGUGAUCACCGUAAGUUCAUAAGAGCAAUUUAUUAUGACAUAUAAGAGUUUUCUACAUCAAAUGAUGGGAUGAGGUGCUGAGAUGGCAAUCAUUGCAUACCAGCCAGGUAAUGACCGUUAAUAACUAAGAGUGUUGAUGUACAACAUUAAUUAUUCAUUUCUUCCAAGUGAAUGGAUUUUGACGCAGCAGGAUCAUUGCUGAUAUUUUAAUGGAAUCUUAUAUUUCUUUCCCACAA